UCAAGUGUUCCAUUGUCAAAUUACGAGGACUUGAAAGAUGCUCUUAUUUCCGGAGACCACGUGUUCACCCAGUCGGAAGUGAGCGCUUGCGAAGGCGAAGAUCUCGGAUUUGCCAGGUUAAUUAACGCUCGAAGUGUAAUGGACACUUGGGAAAUCACUAAUGAAGGUUUGCCCAACGAGACGCUGAGGAUGUCGUAUGACGUCUGGGUCGAUUAUUACCUCACUGAGGCCGAAGUCGGGGUUGAGAAAAUUGUAAUUACCGUUUUGCCAGAUGGUAACAUUAAUUACAUGCCAAUUAUUUUCGACUUGAUCACUUGGGAAGAUGGAUUCACAACCCCAGAAGUCGGUUUUCAUCAAUACAAUAUUUUCUACCAAGAGCAAAGCGGCGUAGAUUUGGCGUUUGGACAAGGUCUGGUGCAG